UGAUUGAGACUACUGAAAGACGGCUCAGUGAAUCGACGGAAAACACCGUCAACAAAGAAUUUACAUCGAAUACUAAAACAAUAUCAGUUUAAAUUUGUAUUUCUUUGUGUUCGUUAUUUUGGAUAUUUUUUCAACUUAUUCCGGAAUUUGGAAAGUAUUGUAAUUUUGAAGUCUUUCCAAUUUUAAAAAAACAGUAAAGCGGCCGUAGAGAUCGGCAAAUGGUUUAUGCCAUUUGAUGUCCAGUAGCGCCGAUUCUCCACCGGCAAAGAAAGCACGCACUGAGCCUCUUACAAGUGCCAAUAAUAUUAGUAAUUCAGUAAAUAACACCAUUAACAUGACUAACACCACUAAAAAUGGAUCCUCAAACGAUAUUGAUGAAAGUCUGUAUUCAAGACAACUUUAUGUGCUGGGACACGAGGCUAUGCGACGAAUGGCCCACUCUAACAUUCUUAUUUGUGGCAUGAAAGGGCUAGGAAUUGAAAUAGCUAAGAAUAUUGUAUUAGGCGGUGUUAAGUCUGUUACUGUACAAGAUCAAGAGAAUGUUGACUGGAUGGAUUUAUCCUCUCAGUUUUUCUUGAGAGAAGAAGAUGUGGGUAAGAAUCGAGCUGACGUCUCGACACCUCGAUUAGCUGAAUUAAAUACUUACGUUCCUGUCACAUCUUAUACUGGCGAACUUAAUGAGGAAUUACUUAAGUCAUAUCAGGUUGUAGUGUUGACUAAUUCUUCUCUAGAAGAACAACUUGCAGUUAGUAAUAUUUGUAGAAAAAAUGAUAUUAAGUAUGUAAUAGCUGAUACUAAAGGACUGUUUGGUGAAAUAUUUUGUGAUUUUGGUGCUAGUUUUGUGGUAUCAGAUACAGACGGUGAACAAGCUAUUAGUAAUAUGGUUGCCGCAAUAACUAAAGAGACAUCUAGUGUGGUUACAUGUAUUGAUGAAACUCGACAUGGUUAUGAAGAUGGUGAUUAUGUCACAUUUCAAGAGGUACAGGGCAUGACUGAACUAAAUAACUGCAAACCAAUUAAAAUCAAAGUUCUAGGUCCAUACACCUUUAGUAUUGGAGAUACUAGUGGCUUUUCUGAUUAUGUUCGUGGUGGAAUUGUAACAAAAGUUAAAAUGCCUAAAACAAUCAGUUUUAAACCACUAGCUCAAGCUUUACAAGAACCUGAAUUUUUAUUGACAGAUUUUGCUAAAUUUGAUCGUCCAGGUAUUUUACAUAUUGCUUUUCAAGCACUGAGUGAAUAUAGAAAAGAGAAUGGUUGUUUACCACAAUCCUGGUGUAGGGAUGAUGCGGAUGCUUUCCUCAAAGUAUUUAAAGCUGUAAAUGAGAAAUCAACAGCUAAAUUAGAUGAAUAUGAUGAAAAAUUAGUAAGAAUGUUUUCCUAUGUAGCUAGAGGUGAUAUAUGUCCAAUGCAAGCUGUGAUAGGUGGUAUAACUGCACAAGAAGUUAUGAAGGCAUGUAGUGGAAAGUUUAUGCCAAUCCUACAGUUUUUAUAUUUUGAUGCGUUAGAAUGUUUACCAGUAGAUGCAGAAACAGUUAUAACGCAAGAUUCUUGUAAACCUAAAAACUGUAGAUACGAUGGUCAAAUAGCAGUGUUUGGAGAAGAAUUUCAGAAAAAGAUAGAAAAUAUCAAUUAUUUCUUGGUUGGAGCUGGUGCUAUAGGAUGUGAAAUGUUAAAGAAUUGGGCUUUGAUGGGAGUAGGAUGUGGAGAGAAGGGUCACGUUACUGUCACAGAUAUGGACACCAUUGAAAAAUCUAACCUGAAUAGACAAUUUCUCUUCAGACCAUGGGAUGUUCAGAAAACGAAAUCAUCUACCGCAGCAGCAGCAGUCAAACAGAUGAAUCCAGCUGUUAAAAUAACAGCAAAAGAAGACAGAGUUGGACCUGAUACAGAAAAUGUUUAUACUGACAGUUUUUUUGAGACAUUAGAUGGUGUAGCUAAUGCUCUGGAUAAUGUAGAUGCAAGAAUGUAUAUGGAUAGAAGAUGUGUAUAUUAUCGUAAACCGUUAUUAGAGUCUGGUACACUAGGUACUAAAGCUAAUGUUCAGGUGGUAGUUCCUCAUGUAACAGAAUCUUAUUCCUCAUCACAAGAUCCACCAGAAAAAUCUAUACCAAUCUGUACAUUGAAAAAUUUCCCUAAUGCUAUAGAACAUACAUUACAGUGGGCUCGAGAUGAAUUUGAAGGAUUAUUCCGUCAACCAGUUGAAAGUGCUAUACAGUAUAUAAAUGAUCCGAAAUUUAUUGAAAGAACACUUAAAUUACAAGGAACACAACCUGGUGAAACUUUUGAAGUAGUGAAGAGAGUUUUAGUUGAUGAAAAACCUAAAGAUUUCCAGGAUUGUGUAGCCUUUAUGCGACACCAUUGGGAAAAAAAUUAUAACAAUGUUAUUAGACAACUUUUAUUUAAUUUCCCUCCAGAACAGACAACCAGUUCUGGGGCACCAUUUUGGUCUGGUCCAAAAAGAUGUCCACAUGCAUUAGUGUUUGAUCCAAAUAAUGAAACUCAUUUAGAUUAUGUAUUUGCUGGUGCCAAUCUACGAGCACAGAUGUAUGGUUUAAAACAGAAUAAUGAUAGAGCUGCUGUUAAAGCAAUGUUAGCUAAAAUUAAAGUACCAGAAUUUACACCUCGAUCAGGUGUUAAAAUAGAUGUCACAGAUGCAGAAGCUGCGUCUCGAAACAAUGAUGGAUUUAUUGAUGAAAGUCAGUUAGAUGUUUUACAGAAGUCCAUUCCACCACCAGCAGACUUUAAAUCGUUAAAAUUAAUUCCUAUUGAAUUUGAAAAAGAUGAUGACACAAAUUUCCAUUUAGAUUUCAUUGUUGCUGCUUCAAAUCUUAGAGCAGAAAACUAUGAUAUACCACAAGCUGAUAGACAUAAAAGUAAAUUAAUAGCUGGUAAAAUUAUACCUGCUAUAGCUACAACAACAGCUCUAGUAACUGGUCUGGUUACAUUAGAACUAUAUAAGUUGACUCAGGGUCACACUAAGGUUGAACAUUUCAAGAAUGGGUUUGUAAAUUUAGCACUCCCAUUCUUUGCCUUCUCCGAACCAAUAGAGGCCCCAAAAAGCGAGUAUAAUGGGAACAAAUUCACUCUAUGGGAUAGAUUUGAAGUACAAGGUGAAAUGACCCUAAAAGAAUUUAUGAAUUACUUUCAGGAAAAACAUAAUUUAGAGAUUACAAUGUUAUCCCAGGGUGUGUGUAUGUUAUAUUCAUUCUUCAUGCAGGCCUCAAAACGAGAUGAACGAAUGAAUUUACCUAUGUCUGAAGUGGUGAAGAAAGUAUCAAAGAAGAAGAUACCAGCUCACGUACGAGCUUUAGUGUUAGAAAUAUGCUGUAAUGAUAAAGAUGGGGAAGAUUGUGAAGUUCCUUAUGUUCAAUACAUUCUCCCUCAGUAAUUGUAUUCAUUCUUCUCCUCAAAACUAUACAAGUGCUUAUCAUUGUGUCAGUUGUAUUUGUAGUGAUGUUACUGGACACUAAAAUGAUUACAGACUCAAAUACUUCAUUUUGUGCUUAACGUUUAUUUCAUGCCUUCAGCUGGAUUAAUUUAUGUAAAAACGACUUGUACUAAAAUAUUAGAUUGAUAUUCUGGUAUUCCUGAAGUCUCUCCUUAUGACAGUCUCACUUAUGAUAUGGCAAGCUGGUUCCACAAGGUUCACAGAGUACUCAGUUUGACACUUGAUGUUGUAAUGAAAUAUUGUUCUAAAAAUUUUAUUGCACUUAUCAAAAUACAUAGAUAUUUUUAUCAACCAUUCUUGUGAAAUGCUAAAUUGUUUUAGCUGUACAAUACCUGUUAUAUUUAAAUGUAUGGUGCAAUGUCUGCAAUUAAAUAGUCCUUAAUUACAUGCUAUUUUUUUUUUUUCAUGCCGAGUCACCAACGAAUAUGCUGACAAGAAUUAACUCUUGUAAUCUUAAAAUGUCGCCUAUUUGUAAAGUUAUUAAAACAAUCCAUCACACA